CAUUAAGCCCUGGUUCACACUGAUGCGGUGCGGAAUUUGUAGCGUUUUCUGUGUGAAUUCUGCACCGAAUCAGAAUCGCACCCCAUUCAUGCGAAAAGAGGCGGGUGUGUAUGUUAAUCCGCAAAAUAUGGUUCGAUGUGCAGAAUCUGAUCGCAUAGGUGUGAACACCCAUGCGAUCCGAUUCUAGUGAGGACCCAAAAAAGGGUCCUGCACCUUUUUGGUGCGGGUGCGGUGCGAUUUGAGCCAUACAAAAUGUAUGUCUCCAAUCGCACUGCACACAAAUCGCAUGUGAUUUGCACAGGAACACGGUGUGGUUUCUGUGCGAAUCACAUGAGAUAUACC